AUGGCGAGCAUCCAGAGGCUUGUCAUCAGCGUCCUGCUGAUACUGACUUUCACAUUCAUCUUCUUCGCCCAGAGUGGAGAGGCGCAGAAGGGACCCAAGAUCACUCACAAGGUGUACUUCGACAUUCAGCAUGGCGACGAGGAUCUGGGACGGAUAGUCAUGGGCCUGUACGGCAAAACUGUGCCGAAGACAGCUGAGAACUUCCGAGCAUUGGCAACGGGAGAGAAGGGUUUCGGCUACGAGGGGUCGACCUUCCACAGAGUGAUCAAACAAUUCAUGAUCCAGGGUGGUGACUUCACGAACGGUGACGGUACCGGCGGGAAAAGUAUAUAUGGCUCGAAGUUCCCGGACGAGAACUUUAAGCUUAAGCAUAGCAAAAAGGGUCUUUUGAGCAUGGCAAACUCCGGCAAGGACACCAACGGCUCUCAGUUCUUCAUCACCACCGUCAUCACCAGCUGGCUUGACGGCAGACACGUCGUCUUCGGUGAAGUUCUCGAGGGCUACGAUGUAGUUGACAAGAUCGAGAACGUCGCAAAGGGCGCUGGCGACAAGCCUGCCCAGACGGUGAAGAUCAAGAAGAGCGGCGAGCUCGAGAUGCCCGAAGAAGGUAUUAGGGCCGAGCUGUAG